CUUUCAAUGGGGCUUGUGCCUUGCGCCACAUCCGAGCCUACCUAUUUUUUGUCGUCUUGAACUCGUAGCUCGGAGAAAAUUUUAUUUUUGCGACAAGUGCCAUUAAAUAUUCCGAAUGAGGGAGAAAACGCGUGUGCUGUGACAGAUCUUUUAUCGAGGACUUUAAUCAGGUCCUUCAUUUAGGGAUGGCGGUGGCAGCUUACCAAAUGUACCUCAUAUCUGCAACAAUUUUAAUCACCUUUACCAGUAUUAACGCACAAGGUCCAUGGGACAAUAGGCAAUUAAAUUACUCAAGAGCACACCAAAGGCAUUCGCCAUGUGAAAGAAGUUCGUGUUACCCUGCAACAGGAAACUUGCUUAUUGGGAGAGAAAGCAAGUUAUGGGCUUCAUCAACCUGUGGGUUAAAAGGUCACAAGGAACGGUAUUGUAUCGUUUCACAUCUUGAGCACCAAGGGGAGGAAAGAAAGAAGUGUUUUUGGUGUGAUUCAAUGGCACAGACCAGCAAUAACCCUCUUUUGAACCAUCGGAUAGAGAACAUCGUGUACAGGAAGAAACCGGGAACAGAAAAAAGGUCUUGGUGGCAGUCGGAAAACGGGGUGGAGAAUGUGACGAUACAGUUGGACCUCGAAGCAGAGUUUCACUUCACACAUCUUAUCAUUACAUUCAAAACCUUCAGACCAGCUGCUAUGCUUAUUGAACGAUCCUACGAUUUUGGUAAAACGUGGCAGGUUUACAGAUAUUUUGCACAAAACUGCGAUGAAUCGUUCCCUGGAAUUUCCAAAGAUCCUCAACGAAGUCUUACUGAAGUGGUUUGUGAUUCGAGGUAUUCAUCUGUCGCUCCGUCCACCGAUGGAGAGAUUAUCAUGAGAGUUUUAUCACCCAAUCUUCAACACCUCUACAAUGAUAUCUACUCCCAAGAGGUCCAAAAUCUUCUCAAGAUGACAAAUUUGAGGAUUAAUUUCACCAAACUACACACACUUGGGGACGAUCUACUUGAUGAGCGGCAGGAAAUAAAGGAGAAAUACUAUUAUGCCAUCUACGAGAUGGUUGUGCGAGGGUCGUGCUCCUGUUACGGCCACGCUUCACGCUGUCUUCCGAUAGACGGAUCAGAUUUGAGGGCAGACAUGGUGCAUGGCAAGUGUGAAUGUACUCACAACACCAAGGGAUGGAACUGCGAGGCUUGUGAAGACUUCUACAACGAUCUUCCUUGGAAACCUGCAGGAAAAGAUCCCAACGCUUGCAAACGAUGUAACUGCAACAACCACGCAACCAGUUGUCACUUUGACGCGGCCGUGUACGAGCUGACUGGCCGAGUUAGCGGAGGUGUGUGUGACAACUGUAUGCACAACACUAUGGGCCGCAACUGUGAGCAGUGCAAACAGUUCUUCUACCGCGACCCCAACCUUGACUUCUCAGACCCAGAAGUUUGUCAACCCUGUAACUGCGACCCUGGCGGUUCACUUGACGAAGGCAUCUGUGACUCGUACACCGACGAAGCUAGUGAUUUGGUCUCUGGUCGUUGUCAUUGUAAAACCAACGUAGACGGUCGCCGUUGUGAUACUUGCAAAAAUGGCUUCUGGAACUUUGAUGAGAAUAACCCAGAAGGCUGUCAAUCAUGUACCUGCAACACUGAAGGUACAAUCAACAAUCAAGGUUGUAACCAAGUGACCGGGGAGUGUACGUGCAAGCGCUACGUCGUGGGGCGAGACUGCAACCAGUGUCUGCCGGAGUAUUGGGGACUCUCAGACAUACAAGAUGGCUGCAAACCUUGUGAUUGUGACAUGGGAGGAGCCUAUGACAACAACUGUGAUGUGAUCACGGGCCAGUGCAGAUGUCGGCCGUACCUGACAGGACGUACAUGCAGCAGUCCAGAUCAGAGCUACUUUGUCGGACAAAUUGAUCAUCUCACCUUGGAAGCAGAAACAGCCAACUGCACCUCCAACUGCCAGGUGGAAAUACGAGAGCCGUACAGACCACCCCAGGAGACCACGUGGACUGGACCUGGUUUCAUGCUGGCGAGACCCGGAGCAGACCUUGAGUUUGUAGUGGACAAUAUCAAGACCUCCAUGGAGUACGACAUUGUCAUCAGAUACGAACCUAAGAUGGCCGGGGAAUGGAAGCAGGUUGAAAUGACUAUUGAGCGACCUAGCCCUGUAGACCCAAACGGCCCUUGUGCCAACUCUCGCCCAGAAGAUGACCACAAGACUGUAGCUCUUUCUUCUGACGCACGCUACAUUGUUUCCCCCACCCCUACAUGUUUGGAGGCAGGAAAAACCUACAAGAUCAAGUUGAUGUUCAAACCUGACCCUCCUCACUCUGCUGCUCCGUCUGCGUCAAUCCUGGUGGACUCGAUUGUGCUUCUUCCUAGUAUGCAAAGCAUCCCGUUCUUCAUUGGAAGCCCUGCUGCUGAAAUGCGCAAAGAACAAUACUUGCAUUACCGAUGUGGUUCUGCCUUCUUCACCGUCACCAAAGGCCCAGUUCCUGACAUCUGUAAAAGCUACCACUACAGCAUAGGCUCUCACGUUUAUGGUGGUGCACUCUCCUGUGACUGUGACCCGACUGGAUCUGUCAGUAAUCUCUGUGACCAGUUGGGAGGAAGGUGUCAGUGUAAGCCUAACGUUGUGGGUCGUCGUUGCGACCAUUGUGCUCCUGGUACUUACGGUUUUGGCCCCGAAGGUUGUAAAGCCUGCGACUGCAACUCUGUAAGUGCGUUGGAUAACUUCUGCGACGUCGCCAGUGGACAGUGUAAGUGUCAGGCGCAGACUUACGGCAGGGCUUGUGACCAGUGCCAGCCUGGUUACUGGAACUACCCCAAGUGCCAGAGAUGCCAGUGUAACGGCCACGCAGACACUUGCGACCCUCGUACCGGAGCCUGCGACACCUGCCGAGACUUCACUGUGGGACACAACUGUGACAAAUGCAUCGAAGGAUAUUAUGGAGAUCCGAGUUUUUCUGGAGACAUCCCUUGCAGGCCUUGUCCUUGCCCCAAGACCAUAGAAUCAGGCCACUCAUUUGCUGACCAUUGUGAGUUGGAUCCACUCUCUCAAGAUGUCAUCUGCGAAUGUGACGAUGGAUAUGCAGGAACAAGAUGUGAUGUAUGUGCGGAUAAUUACUACGGAAACCCCAAGGAGAUUGGAGGCUCUUGUACUCUCUGCAACUGUAGUAACAACAUAGACAUUUCUAGACCAGGGAAUUGUGAUCCUCUCUCAGGCAAAUGCCUCCAAUGCCUCUUCAACACUGACGGCGAGAACUGCGAGAGGUGCAAAGAAAACUACUAUGGUGACGCCAUCAACCAUCUCUGUACCGAAUGCGUCUGUAACAUUCUUGGAACCAACAAGUCAGCUGGGCCAUGUGACGGAACCACAGGUCAAUGUCCUUGUUUGCCCAACGUGAUCGGACUCACUUGUGAUACUUGCCAGGAAAACCAUUGGAAGAUUGCGAGUGGUAUGGGCUGUGAACCUUGCGAUUGCGACCUCAACGGGUCAUAUUCCAAACAGUGCAACCAGUACGACGGCCAGUGUGAAUGCAAGCCAGGGUUUGGUGGGCGGCAGUGCGACCAAUGUCAAGCUAACCACUGGGGUGAUCCCAAUUUGGAAUGCAAAGCUUGCGAGUGUGACCCUGAAGGAUCAGCAGUCAUGCAAUGUGACAGAGUCAACGGCUCGUGUAUUUGCCAUCCUGGCAUCGGAGGAUACAAAUGUGAUGUCUGUGCCAGAGGAUAUCUCGGAACAGCCCCUCAUUGCAGUCCGUGCGGCGAGUGCUUUGACAACUGGGAUCUCAUUCUGAACCAACUAGCAGAACAAACGGAGAAGGUAAUCCUAGCAGCUGGUGAGAUCAAGCGAACUGGAGCAACUGGAGCUUACACUCAAGAGUUUGAUAGAAUGGAAAAGCAACUGUCUGACAUCAAACAACUGCUUCAAAACACAACCAAAAGUUCAGUUGAUUUGGAACAUAUUGAUGCCUUUGUAGAACAACUCAGAGAUAAGUUGAAGAAUUCCCAAAACCAGUUGAACGAUGUUGGGAAAAUCCAGGAGAACACGACUCAACGAAUCUACUCGUCUAACCUAGCUUUGGCCAACCUCCGCAACAAGGUGAAUGUUCUGAAGGAGUCGACCACUGCACUCAAGGCAAAUGCAACACAUCUUCAGGAAAGCAACGUUGAAGGAGCACUUAACCUAACGAGGGAAGCUGCCGAAAACUCCCGCCGUACUCAAGCCAAGGGGGUAGAGACCGAGGCUGAGAUUGUCAAGGCAGAGCGACAAUGUAAGCGGACGGAUGCCUUGGUGGGACGAACAUCCUCUCAGUUCACUCAAGGUCAACAGGACAACGCCCAGACAGCUCAUAAAUUAGACGAGGAUAUCUCACAACUGGAAAAAACCAUUCCGGACCUAAACGAACAGGUUUGCUACAAGCGAGGCGACCCUUGUGACCAACUGUGUGGAGGAGCUGGCUGUGGCUUCUGUGGUGGAAUCUCAUGUGAAGAAGGAGCUUUCACCAAGUCUAGCAAAGCCUACAGUUUUGCCACCGAUGCUGAAAACAAGAUUUACGAGAAAGAAGCUAAGGCUGAAGAACUUUUUAGAGGUAUAAGCCAGGCAAGAGCAGAGGCCGUUGCUGCCAAGGAGGUCGCUACUGAGGCUCUCACUGCAGCAACCUUUACCCAGGAUCGUACAGAAGACACAGCGCAGCAGUGCUCUGAUCUGAUCCUUCGCUUGCAACACUUCCUGGACAACUCUGGUGUCACUUCUGAUGAGAUACAGGACCUAGCUCAGAAGACACAAGAGAAGAACAUACAGCUGCAACCAGAACAGAUUACAGAGCUGGCUCGUAAUAUCAACGCGACUGUAGCUUCAAUCACUGAUAUCAAUAAAAUCCUGGCAGACACAGCUGGAGAUCUGACAACAGCUCAGAGGCUGAAGGCUCAGGCUGACUCUGCUAAAGCUGAUGCAGAAAACGUAGAAUCAACAGCACAGGAGUUUUUGGAUACCUUGAAAGAGGCUGAAACGACUCAACAGGAGAUACAAUUAGCUAUUGACAAGGCCGAUGAAGAUAUUGCUCAAGCUAAAAUUGAUCUUACACAGAUCACAAGUGAGACAGCUGAGGCCCAGCAAAAGGCCAAUGAGACGGUGACAGAAGUCAAUCAGUUGCAAGAGAGAGUCAAAAGUCUACAGACAGGAUUCCUCAAAAACCAGAAGGACGCCCAGGAGGUGAAAGCUGAGGCUGAAACAAUGACUGAGGAAGUAAAACGUGCGGAGAAACGAGCUAAGGAAAUGCAGGAUGAAUACUCUCGAGCAGUCAACUCCCUGCAGGAUCGUACAGAAGAUUCGGGCUUAGCUCAAGCUAAAGCACAGAAGUUGCUCGAAAAGGCUAGCCAACUGUCCCUUAAUACCACCGAUAAGCUGAAGCAGCUGAAAGAUGCUGAAAAACUUUAUCGUGAGCAAGAGAAUGAUCUGACAUCACUAACCGAUGCUAUCAAAGGUCUCAACUCCAGAAUGGGCGAAUACUUGAUGGAUAUCAACAAGAAGAGCACUUACUAUCGGAUAUGCAUGAACUGAACAU